AUGCCGAGGGAAAUCAUUACGCUGCAAGUGGGGCAAUGCGGGAAUCAGAUCGGUAUGGAGUUCUGGAAGCAGCUCUGCCUCGAGCACGGCAUCAGCAAAGAUGGCAUUCUCGAGGAUUUUGCCACUCAGGGAGGUGACAGAAAAGAUGUGUUCUUCUAUCAAGCAGAUGAUCAACAUUAUAUACCACGAGCUUUACUUAUGGAUUUGGAGCCUAGGGUGAUAAAUGGUAUACAGAACAGUGAAUACAGAAACCUCUACAAUCAUGAAAAUGUAUUUAUUGCCGAUCAUGGAGGGGGUGCUGGUAACAAUUGGGCAAGUGGAUACCAUCAGACGAAAAAUAUUAUGGUUUCCUCUUGUUCCCGAACCAAGGAAGCCAGCCAAUCUAAGUACAUAUCGAUAUUGAACAUUAUUCAAGGAGAAGUGGAUCCUACUCAGGUUCAUGAAAGUCUACAGAGAAUACGCGAGAGGAAACUUGUCAAUUUUAUUGAAUGGGGUCCUGCUAGCAUACAGGUUGCUUUGUCUAGAAAGUCUCCUUAUGUUCAGACAGCCCACAGGGUUAGUGGUCUCAUGCUAGCCAGUCACACUGGCAUCCGUCACUUAUUCUCCAAGUGUUUAAGCCAGUACGACAAGUUAAGAAAAAGACAAGCUUUCCUGGAUAAUUACAGGAAUCACCCGAUGUUUGCUGACAAUGAUCUUUCUGAAUUCGAUGAAUCACGAGACAUCAUUGAGAGUCUUGAUCCCGACCAAAUCCUAUCCGGUGAAGGAAGUGCUUCUGGUACAGUGGACCCCAAAUUAUCCUUGUAA